GCUUCUCUAAACUAGAAUUCCGUCUGCCCUCUUAGUGCCAGUAUCUGCCACCUCUAUGCGAUCCUCAGCAGGCAGCCGAAACAGCGACAGUCCUGCAAGCCAGCAGCAUGGUAAAUGUGGAGUACAGUCACCCAGGUAUUAACAUGAGCCGGGAACCGGAUUCCACCGAGGAGCAGCACAACUUAGGCGGACAUCUGCAGAACGGUGUUGCGAGAGAAUCUCUAGAUUUCAGCAGACAGAUAAAAACCGAAGAUUUCAGUGACACGUUGCAGUCUGGAAUACCCCAUCGGCCAUGCCAUCUUUCUCAAGGGUCCAUAAUGGGUGGAGGGCAAAUGCCUGGGGAUAUGACAUCUUUGCAUUCCCUUCAACAACUAGUAUUGGUCCCCAGCCACUUACAGUCAGCUUCCCCGUUCCUGCUCACGCAGUCACAGCCCAUCCAGCAAGGUCUUCUGCAACAAAAUCUCAUUGCAUUGCCUCAUCAGCAAGGUGGAUCUCAAGCUGGAAUGGGGUUGGCCUCCCAGGCUGUUGGGCGUCCAGGUCUCCCCGGUUCUUCUAUGGAGCCUCAUUUGGAAAUAGCACAACACCUACAUGCCCCAAAACACAUAUCUGUGGCCACGGAUGAGCCCAGCGACUUGGAAGAACUGGAAAAGUUUGCCAAAACUUUCAAGCAGAGAAGGAUAAAGCUUGGAUUUACGCAGGGUGAUGUCGGAUUGGCCAUGGGAAAACACUAUGGGAAUGAUUUCAGCCAAACAACAAUAUCACGAUUUGAAGCCCUAAACCUGAGCUUCAAGAACAUGUGCAAGCUGAAACCUCUGCUGGAGAAGUGGUUGAGUGACGCAGAAUCGGCUCCAUCAGACGCUCCCCUCACCUCCAAUACCACUUUUCCCCAACUAAGUGAAAUGUUUGGGCGUAAAAGGAAGAAAAGAACAAGCAUUGAAACAAACAUACGUCUGACCCUGGAGAAACGCUUCCAGGAUAACCCAAAGCCAAGCUCGGAGGAGAUCAGUAUGAUUGCCGAGCAGCUUUCUAUGGAAAAAGAAGUCGUGCGGGUCUGGUUUUGCAACAGACGACAGAAGGAGAAACGAAUUAACUGCCCGAUCAACAUGCCACUGAAGUCUCCGAUCUAUAACUCAAGAAUGGUAUCUACGUCCGGUUCUUUGGGGUCUUUAGGUAUCAAUCCAGUGCACAGCACAAUGACCAGCACAGUAACCUCCUCUUGUUCCCCUGGGAACUCCAGUAGACCGUCCACGCCAAGCUCGGGCCUCCACUGCAACAGUCCUGGAAUUCCUCUAAAUCUAAAUGAUACCAAGCCCAAUGUCAACACCUCCAGCUACAGUUCUUCAGGACCAUGGUAUCGAUGGAAUCAUCCAACCUAUCUCCACUGAUGAAACUCUUCAACUCAAGUACAAUUGUUGUGGUCCCUUCAAUCGGACUCUGAACUACAAAAUCACUGCCACAAGUAGACUACAUAGACAACACGGACUUCAAGCUAAUGAUUUUAAAGAACAUAAUACCAAACACUGUAUUGUCUAGUGAAGAACGUCUUCGUAGGGAGGUCCUACUAUAUCUGAUGGUCUUAUAAAAUCAGUAUCCAUCUGAAACUCUCCUUCACUUCCAUGUACCUUUUUUUAUGACACGCUAGCACCACCACAAAGUAAACUGGGUUAAUUACUAUGUCUUUAUCCUGACGUAGCAACUGACCAUUCCCACUGUCUGAUGGGAACUAAAUUAUUUAAUCUUGUAAAUAUUCUUAUUUUUAAAUGACGAGUGAGUUUUACUUUGUAAUUCAGAAGAACACAAGUUUUUCAGGUUUUCUGAAUAUGUUCAAGUUCUAAUAAAUGAUAUUAUUACAAUUGCUGCAUCUGAUGGACUAGAUGCCUCCAACGAGAUCCUAAUCCUGUAUAUAUGAAGAAUACAAAUUCUAGAGCCACACAUGCUUACAUGAAUAAAAUGCCUGA